ACUAGGAUUCUUUCAUAGUAUCAUACUACAAACACCUCAACAACAUUUUCCCUCAAUAUAUUCCUAUAUCUAAAAUGGUAAACCAAGCAACAAAAUCGCCAACCUGUGCUGCUGAGGCUCAUAGGCUUGCCAACACUGCUUUCAGAGCAGGUACAACACUUUCAAUACACUGGAGAAAGAGCCAACUACAGGCUCUCAGACGAAUGAUCAGUGAAAAUGAAAAACUCAUUCAGAACGCAGUGUAUGCAGAUCUGGGUAAGAGCCCCGAAGAAGUCUGGUUAGCCGAAACACAAGCCUCAAUCAACGGCAUCGACAGCAUGAUAGCCAAUGUAGAUAGCUGGUCAAGAGCUACUCACGUGAACACUGAUGUUUUCAACUAUCCAGCCACAUCCAUGAUCAAGCCAGAGCCCCUGGGUACGGCCCUCAUUAUCGGUUGCUGGAACUAUCCAAUUACACUUAUCGCCGAUCCUAUGGCGGCAAGCAUCGCCGCUGGUAAUGCUGUUGUUGUCAAAACGGGCGCUGAGACACACUCGCCCAAGACGAUGCAGCUUUUGUGUGAACUGAUUCCGCAGUACAUGGACAGACAAGCUAUUAGUAUUGUUCCGGGUGGCUUUGACGAGCUCCAGGAUCUGUUGUCGAUGCGCUGGGAUGUCAUUUUUGCAACCGGAUCACCUGGGCUUGGUCGCAUGGUGGCGAAAGCAGGCGCAACAAACUUGACCAAAUGCAUACUGGAACUUGGGGGGAAGUCACCGGUGUAUGUCGGUAAGGAUGCCAAUCUAGCAGUAGCUGCUAAACGUAUUGUAUGGGGAUCAUUAGGCCUUAACGCCGGGCAGACGUGCAUACGGCCCGAUCACAUGUUCGUAGACAGUUCAAUUGCCGAAGAUUUCAUUGAUACGCUGAAGAAAACGGUUGUAGCCCAGUACGGUGAUGAUCCACGGCAAAGUAUGGCGUUUGGACGUAUGGCUAAAGUACCGGCACACCAUGAGCGUUUAGCAAAUAUGAUCAAGAGCGACAGCAAGUACAUAGUUCAUGGUGGCGAAACAGAUGCUUCAGAUUCGUAUAUUGCACCUACACUUUUAGACUUCGGCACGGACUCGGUGGCCUUCCACGCUUCUGCCUCUAUGCAAGAGGAGAUUUUCGGUCCCAUACUACCUAUCUUGCGUGUAAAUGGUGCCGAGGAUGCGAUCGACUCGAUUUUAACACGAGAGAAGCCACUGGCCAUGUAUGCAUUCACAUAUGACAAGCAUGUACAAAAUAAGUUCAUGAAUGUGUCUGCGGGCAGUCUGCAGUUCAAUGAUACCAUCACAUUCAUGCUGAACGAAAACCUUCCUUUUGGAGGGGUAGGAAAUUCGGGUAGCGGUAAGUACCACGGCUAUCAAGGCUUUGUAGAGUUCAGUCACAUGAAGUCCAUAAUGAUCAACUCGAAUCUAAAUGAUUUGAAAGCGCGAUUCUCGCCCCAAACAAACGUUGAUAUGGCUGUCAUGAAGCUCGCACAUCGCCACAUCCCUGGGGUUGUAGUGAGUAGUCUGAACCAAAUGCACAAUUUUGCGUUUUUGACCGUCGCCGUAGGUGCUGCAGCCUUCAUGCUUGGCAAAUAUCUUUAAGAGACUAAUAGACACAGUACGCAGCAAAAUAAAUUGUGUAACGAAUUGUAUUCC